CUGAACGAGCUAAUGACUGGGAUCAAGUCCAUCGUGUUUUUGACCAUCCUGAACUGUCGGUGGAUAAAAGGAGUUGAGUGAGGUGUUAUCUUAUGCGUACAUAUGCAUAAUACCUUAUUCUAACCAUUAUAACUAACCAUUAUCAUGGUAGUUAUUAUGAAUGGAUCUAAACAUACCAGGAAACAAUAUGGCAGGCUAAAGAGAAACAGUUCAUUCUGUGGGCGUGGAGGCAGAAAUCUAGAACGCCAAAACUACAUGUUCUAAGAGAGACUUCCUUUUUUCUUCUGUUAUGAAGUUUGAUUCAGCAGCAGGAAUAUGGAACUGAGCAGGAUAAUCGGGAUCAAGUGUGUUGUUCUGGCUUUUCUGUGGACUCUUACAAAUGGAGAUACUGAGGUGUCCUGUGUUUUCCAGGAAAGUUGCAUCUUACCCUGCAGUUUCCUGGGUAGCACUGAUGCAGUUAUUAGCUGGAGUCUGCUAAAGGCAAGACAUGUUUCCAUCCUCUCCUACAACUCCAAACAACACCAGCUUACACAACAGGAUGAGCAUUUUAGAGGCCGGGCAUCAUUAUUCAAAGACCAGAUAUCCAACGGAAACGCCUCACUCCAGCUGACAUCAGUGGAGUUUCAAGAUGAAGGCAGAUACAAAUGUGCAACAGGGGGAAACAAUGAUUCAUUUAUCAGCCUAAAAGUGGACGCUCCAGUCCGUGAGGUCAACAUUGAGAAGGCAGAAAACAGGAUCACCUGCAGCUCUGAGGGGAUCUACCCCGAACCUCUGCUCACCUGGUCCACCAGCCGUCAAACCGUCUUCAGGAGCACAACCAUAGUCCAGCAGAGUGGACCGAACGGAGAACUUUAUAACAUUAAGAGUUCUGUCAUAUUCCCUGACACCAAACAUGACUUCACUGAUAUGACCUACACCUGCACUGUCAGCACUCGCAGCAACAACAAAACAGCCAUUUUGUCAAACCGCAACCUGAAAGAAGGCAUCGCUAAAGCCAUGGUGGCAGGCGUCAUCAUGAUUGCGGUAAUCUUAGGCCUGAUACCGAUAUGCUGCAAUAAAUUUAACAGUAAGAUGCACCAGAGCUGCUCAGUGCCAAUGAGUGUGCUGCCUACAGUGGAAACAGGAUCAAUGGAGUUACAGUCCCAUCAGGCUCAGCAGGUUCCUGAUGCUGCAGAAAUAUCAAGUCAACUCGAUUUGGUCCUGACAGAAAAAACUUCAGAGGAACUGAAAACACUGAGCGCUCCUGGUCACGACCAUGAGGGAGAUGAUUUAUUACCAAAGGCAGCGGCAGAACCCACAGAAAUGUGAAUCCUGUAGAAACACGGCCUCAGACAACGUGACCUCUCCAUUUAUUAAAUGAUUUUUAAAUGUAUCUGUUAAAUGUACCUGAGUCAGUAUCAUUAAAUGAUGCUGAUACACUCUGAUGUCUUUUCUGUUCUCCAUCAGUGACACUAAUGCUCACUUUGCACAUGUUGGUGAAGUUCUUUGAUAUUUUGAGGUUGAGAUUACAGCGUAUGGUUCCUCCUCUACCUCAUCUACUCGAUAAAAUGAUACAAAAUAAUUAAGCAGAAAGAAAAUGUCACUCAUUAUAUUUCAUGACACAUAAAUUAUGUGGCACGGUGGUUAGCACUGUUGCCGCACAGCAAGAAGGUCCUGAGUUCAAUUC